GCGGCUCUUGGCGUGAGCGCGCCGACAGCCAGGCAGCGAGGGGUUAAAGAGCGGCGCCAGCAGCCCGGGCUCUGUUUAGUCUGGGCCACGAGCUGGAGACGGGGCUGAGCAGCAACCAGCGCGGCCGGCCAACCCCGGGGUGAAAGCUCCCAUCAGCAGCCCCCCCCCCCGGCGCAACCCUGCGCCCACCUUUGGGCUGCGCUGCCGUCAGGCUGGGGACGCCCCGAACGUCCCGCGUUUCGUCGCCGUCACCCCGUUCAUCUUCUCUUCCCGUCCUGGGCACGGAUCGCGGGAGCCACGCGGCCGGGCUGCUUCGAGGUGACGCAUGGCUCUGUCCCACGUCCUCGCCGUUUGCCGUCCCAGGUGGCCGUCGCGUCGCCGGUGCCAAACGGGCUCCACGUCCCCCUCCGGCCGCUUCCGGCCUGUGCACGAGCAGCCGCUCGUGCACGAUGCUGAGCUCAGCCCGGCGUCGCGGCUGCAGCCUUGCAGGCGUGGGGAGGGGGGCCGGAGGGUCCCCUGCAGCGGGGUGACGGGCAGGGCCGUGCCGUGCCGUGCCUUGCAGGGGAGCAGCGCCAUGUCCCUGGGCGCGCCCAGCAGCAGCGACGCCUGUCUGAGCAUCGUGCACAGCCUGAUGUGCCACCGGCAGGGCGGGGAGAACGAGAGCUUCGCCAAGAGGGCCAUCGAAAGCCUGGUCAAGAAGCUGAAGGAGAAGAAGGACGAGCUCGAUUCGCUCAUCGCUGCCAUCACCACCAACGGCGCCCACCCCAGCAAGUGCGUCACCAUCCAGCGCACCUUGGACGGGAGGCUCCAGGUGGCCGGCAGGAAGGGCUUCCCCCACGUCAUCUACGCCCGGCUCUGGCGUUGGCCCGACCUGCACAAAAACGAAUUGAAACACUCCAAGUUUUGCCAAUUCGCCUUCGACCUCAAAUACGACAGCGUCUGCGUCAACCCUUACCACUACGAGCGCGUGGUGGCCCCGGCCAUCGGUCUGAGCAUCCCUACCGCAGUGCCCCCCGCCCGCCUGGUGAAGGAGGAGUUUGUCCAUGACUGUGUGCAGAUGGAGGCACCUCAUGGGGCCAAGCGGGCGCCGUGCCCCCCCACCGAACCCUUCCGCCCGCCGCCGAACCCCCCCACUCCCGGGAGCCUCUACCCCACGCUGCCCGUUUCACCCCAGCGGCCCCCGGCGGCUCCCUCCUCACCACUGCCCCACAGCGAGGGGCUGCUGCCCCACAUCUCCUGCCCCACACCGCCGCCAGCGCAGCCCCCACCCCACAACGGCUUCCCAGCGCCCCCCAAACCGCCCUACCACACUUCACCAAACUGGAGUGGCAGCACUGCGACCAUCUACGCACCCAACCUGGGGGGGUCGCAGCCCCCCGCCCAGCCCAGCGGCCGGACCCACCCCCAACCCCUGCAGCCCCCCAACCAUUACUGGCCUCCACACCACAACUCCACACCCUACCAGCAACCUGUGUCCAACCACCCCGGGCCAGAAUUCUGGUGUUCCAUCGCCUACUUUGAGAUGGACGUGCAGGUGGGGGAGAUCUAGGUUCCGUCCAGCUGCCCUCUGGUGGUCGUGGAUGGAUACGUGGACCCCUCGGGGGGGGAUCGGUUCUGCCUGGGGCAGCUCUCCAACGUGCAUCGAACCGACACCAGCGAGAGGGCCCG